AUGUCGUUACAAAAUAUUGAUGAAUUAUCCUCGCAAAAUUCCUCGGUGAUCAAAAAUGAUUUCUCCUUGGUAGUGAAAGAUCCCGAUGACUAUUGGAUUGCUGACUUCCUUGAUCUCUACGGAUAUCGCAUCGAAAAAUCUUCAAUAGAAUCUUCAAAUUUCGUUACUCCGAAAAUUGUACGCGACAUCAUUCGAAAUAAAGAAUUACUCCUUCCCUCCAAUUGUCGUUCCUUGGCUGAUAGAAAUGCUUACAUCAUUCUUCUUUUAAGAUUUGUUCUUCGUGAUAACGCCUUCACAGAAUUGACUGGUGUACCUCUCGUACCAGUAAAUUGCAUCUCUUAUUCAGCUUUUGGUACUCAACAAUAUUAUUUGGCUCUCCCUUCAGAUUUACAAUUCUUUCCAACCGUUGGUUGCUUUGUCUUGAUUACCGAAGAAUUACCUGAUGACAUUAAAUCUAUUUUUGAAUCUUCUGAAUUUCAAUCUACAAACAAGAUUAAAAAAUUGGAUCUUGACGGUUUUUAUUGUCUUUUUCGUCAUGAACUCCCUCGUGCUCCAUUUCGUGACUGGGAUCCUGAUACAACUACAACUUUUUUGAAUAGACGUUGGCUUGAAAAUCUUUGGGAAAGAAUUUCUCAAUUUGUUAAUCAAGAUUUAAAAUUACUUGGAAAUUAUCCUCUCAUUCCUAUUAUUACUACUACUUAUAAUAAUCAUCAUAUUUAUGAACUUAUCUCUGUAAAAAACGAUCUUCCUAUAUUAAGAUUUCCCAAGAGAAAAGAUGAUGUAAUAGAUGUCUUGAAAAAACUUGGUAUUCUUUUCACUGAAGAAUCUCGAAUUGAUACUAUGAAAAUAUUUAUUUGGGAUUGGAAUCUUUCAAUGGUUAUUAUAGCUAUAGAUAAAUCUCGUUCUAUCAAUAAAAUUAGCAUGGAUUCUUUAUUUCAACAUAUAUACCGAUUUAUCGACGCAAGUAUUAAAGAUAUCUUACGUCAAUUACCUAUUUGGCCUACUUAUUCCGCUGAUGGUAGUUACAUCGCGGCUUAUUGCGGUUGUCUAGUUCCCCAUGGUCUUCCUUAUUUCCAAGCUAAUUUAUCAAGUUCAAAAACUAAUUAUAUUAAUUAUAAGAAUCCUGAUGAAAAAAUUUUAUUGAAAAGAUUAGAUGUUGUUGAAUCAAGUUAUAUUCACUAUCUAUUUUGUAUUUUCAAGAAUCUCGACUGUAUUCGACCUGAUGAUCCUGAAUAUCUGGAAUUUUUAAAGGAAUUUUUACGUCUUCCUCCUCAAUUACAUCCAAAUUGGUUAUCUGAAUAUCGUUUCAUUCCUAAUAGUACAAAAACUGAAUUAAGAUUUGCUAGAGAACUUUAUGAUGAUAGAGUUCUUCUAUUCACUACUGUAUUUGCUGGUUCUGAUGUAUUUAUUGCUCCUGAACUUCGUUGUGGUUGGUUAUCUAAAGGCCUUAUUGGUUUGGGCUUUCAUGAUAAAGUAGAUGAUGAUACUUUCAUUCGAUUGGCUUUGGAAAUUCAACAUUUAUAUAAUUCACCUUCUCCUCCUUCCGAUUUAUUCGAUCGUGCUCGAAUGUUAGUUCUUCAUUUUUAUUAUAAUGUCGAUGAUCUUAAUUUCACUUGUAAUAGAUGGGAUGUUCUCAAAUCAAUUAAUUUUAUCCCAUCAAAACCUGUUGAUUAUCCUUAUCUUGAAACUGCAAAAUUCAAGAUUCCUAAACUUUGUUCUUUUAAUUCUCUUCGUUUACCUAAACACAUGAAAUUAUGUUGGACUCAAUGUGCUUUUUACGAUGAUCUUGUAAUUCCUCCUGAAAGUGUAUUAAAUAUCCAUAUUGAUCUUGGUGAAUUAUUCUUUCACGACGUAAUGGGUCAUUUAAUUGCUAUUAAAGAAAAUAUUGUUGAUAAGCAAUCAGAUGAAUGGAAAGGACAUGGUGCUCCAGAACUUCUUUUUACUAUUAUUAAUGGACUUUACGAAUGGUUAGAAGAUAAUUUACUAUUAAUGAAACGUAUAGGUGAAAUUGGUGAACAAUGGUUUAUUGGAGAUUUAAAAUCAAGUCUUCAAAAAAAUUCUACUAUAUUUCUUAAUGGAAAUGAUCCUUUCGAUUUGAAAAAUUGGACUUCUGCAACGAGUUUAGUUCUAAAUAUAGAUAUCGAUGUAGAUUGUUAUAAGAAAGCUGCAAGUAAAAAUUUAGCUCCAUAUAGUAAUUUAUUACAAUUAUGUGGUGCUUAUAAUUUUAAUCCAGCAACUCCAACAAAUUUCGAUGUUCCACAUACAGCAUUAAGACGAGAUAAUAUCGUUAACAAAUUGUGUAAAUACGUGGAUCUUGAUGUUACUCGAAAUUCUCAAAAUUUUAGUCACUCAAAUACUGGUUUGGAACGAUUUCACGAUAUUUUUUUCAACAUUCGUGGUGAAUUAAUAGGUACAUCUCGUUUCUUUCUGGCUGCAACUUGUCCUCAUUUUGAAAGAGCUUUUUGUGCUGGUACAUUGGAAUCUAAACUUGGUGAACAUGUAUUUCUUCCUCGCGUUAAUGAUAUACAUCCUGACGCGUUUCGUGUUCUUCUUAAAUACUUAUAUGGAAAAGAUCUUAGUGACAUUAUGAAUGAAAUUAGAUAUGAACCAGGUCCUGAUGAAGAUGAAAUAUCUUUUUAUUUCAAUCGUUAUAUUGAAUUAUUGAAAUAUGCACAAUUAUAUGAACUUAACGAUCUUGCACUAUCUGUUCAACACCAAAUAAUUCAAGAUCGUUUGGUCUUACCGCAAAAUAUUGUUGAAAUAUGGGAAUGGUGUCAAAAUACUGAAAUUACCGCUCCAUAUUUGGCUGAAUAUUGUGAAAAGUGUAUAAGAGAUAAUACCGAAUUAUUAUUUGAUCUCCGACUUCACGAUAUUGAACAAGAUAUUCCAGAUAAGAAACAACGUGCGGCUGCUAUUGUUGAAUUAGAAGGAAGGUUUUGGAGGUGGCGUGAACUCAAUUUGUUAAAAGAUAUGUCGCCUCCAAUAUAUUAUGAUGAAGAUCCUCCGAUAACCUUUGAUAAUGAAUCCGGUUGGGGAAGAGAAUGUAGUUCUGCUCUUGAAUGGAUAUGA